AAAUUGUCAUAAAAUCCGCAAUCUCAAACAUAGAUUUUAUCAAAAAUGAAUUCAACUCAUAGUUUAUCAAAAUUAUAAUAUUAAAUAAAGAAACAAAUAUUUAUCAUUUGUGAAUAUGUUUCCGAUACCGCUGCAGUUAUUGAUAUAUUUAGCAAGCCUUAUUUUUUUUUGUGAUGGAUUUUACGUGCCCGGUGUGGCUCCAGUUGAAUUUAAAAAGGGCCAGAGAAUUGAAGUUAGGGCAGUUAAAAUGACAUCAAUUCACACUCAGUUACCAUAUGAAUACUACUCCUUGCCACUUUGUUUACCGAAGAAUGGAACCAUUUUAUACAAAUCAGAAAAUUUGGGUGAAGUUUUACGAGGUGAUCGUAUUGUUAAUACUCCUUAUGAAGUUAACAUGGCUGAAAAUAUAAAAUGUAAACUUUUGUGCCAUAAGAAAAAUGAUCCUAUCAACUGGAGUGUCGAAGAAUCUGAAAAAGUGGCCAGUCGUAUCGAACAUGAGUAUUAUGUGCAUUUAUUAAUAGAUAAUUUACCAGUUGCUACAAGGAUAAUGCACUCUGAUACAGAAAGGACAAUUGAACAGGGGUAUCGCUUGGGAUUCAUGUCAAAAGGCAAAGCAUACAUUAAUAACCAUUUGAAAUUUCUUUUAAAGUACCACAAGCAUGGCCAAGAAUCCUAUAGAGUAGUUGGUUUUGAAGUUGAAGCACAUUCUGUGGAGAGAAAUGAGUUGAAGUUUAUAGAUGAGUCCUGUCAGUUUUCUUCAGAAGCCAAGCCUCAACUUGUAAACGAAGAAACUGGCACCAAACUGUUCUUUACUUAUUCCGUCGAAUGGGGAGAGUCUGAAAUAGAAUGGGCUUCUAGAUGGGAUAUUUACUUAGGCAUGAAGAAUGUCCAAAUACACUGGUUCUCCAUUAUCAAUUCUAUUGUGGUGUUGUUCUUCUUGUCAGGUAUAUUAACAAUGAUUAUGAUAAGAACACUCAGACAAGACAUUGCUAGAUACAAUUCAGAUGAGAACAUUGAAGAUAUGAUAGAGGAGACUGGGUGGAAAUUAGUGCAUGGUGAUGUAUUUAGACCACCACCAAAAAGAAUGUUGUUUGCUGCUGUUAUCGGUAGUGGCAUCCAAGUAUUUCUGAUGGCCCUUAUAACAAUAUUUAUUGCUAUGCUGGGAAUGCUGUCGCCGGCCAGUAGAGGAGCACUUAUGACAGCUGCUAUUUUCCUGUAUGUUUUCAUGGGCCUGAUAGCUGGAUACUAUUCAGCCAGAUUGUACAAUACCAUGAAAGGCAAGAAUUGGAAACAAGCUGCCUUUGUGACUGCAACACUAUAUCCAGCAAUAGUGUUUGGGACUUGCUUCUUCUUGAACUUCUUUAUAAUGGGAAAACAUUCCAGUGGGGCUGUUCCAUUCUCAACCAUGAUGGCUCUUCUAUGUCUAUGGUUUUGCAUUUCUUUGCCAUUGGUAUACAUGGGAUAUUACUUUGGAUGUCGAAAACAACCUUUUCAACAUCCAGUUCGCACAAAUUUCAUUCCUAGAAAAGUACCUGAACAAGUGUGGUAUAUGAAUACAUUUAUAUGCAUUUUAAUGGCUGGCAUACUGCCAUUUGGUGCUGUCUUUAUAGAAUUAUUCUUCAUUUUUAAUGCUCUUUGGGAAAAUCAGUUUUACUACCUAUUUGGAUUCCUAUUCCUAGUAUUUUGUAUACUAGUUGUAUCAGUAUCACAGAUUUCUAUCGUCAUGGUGUACUUCCAACUUUGUGGAGAAGACUACCACUGGUGGUGGAAGAGUUUUAUUGUAUCUGGAGGAUCAGCUGUUUACAUAUUGAUAUACUCAGUUUUCUAUUUCUUCACAAAACUAGAGAUUACAGAGUUUAUCCCAACAUUGCUGUAUAUUGGAUAUACAGGUCUAAUGGUCCUCACAUUUUGGCUACUGACUGGAACAAUUGGAUUCUUUGCGGCAUAUACAUUUAUCAAAAAAAUUUAUGGAGCUGUAAAGAUUGACUAAUUUCUGAAUUUUUAGCAUGCUUCUGGUUUUAUUUUAUGAGUGGCUUGAACAAAGUAAUCUUAGGUUGUAUGUAAAUAGAAUGAUGAUAAUCAUUUAAAAGAUAAAUAUCAAAUCUCGAUAGGGUAAUGUUGACUUUUUGUCAUUUAUUUAAUUAAAUAUAAUUUUUGUAUA